GGGGCGGCGGCGGUGAAUGAUCGCGCCCGGCAUCCCCCGCGCCGCGCCGCGCUCCCCGGCGGCCGCCGCCAUGGCCUUCACCUUCGCCGCCUUCUGCUACAUGCUGGCGCUGCUGCUCACCGCCGCCCUCAUCUUCUUCGCCAUCUGGCAUAUUAUAGCAUUCGACGAACUGAAGACUGACUACAAGAAUCCCAUAGACCAAUGUAAUACGCUCAACCCUCUUGUACUUCCAGAGUACCUCAUCCAUGCAUUCUUCUGUGUUAUGUUUCUCUGUGCAGCAGAGUGGCUUACACUGGGUCUCAAUAUGCCUUUGUUGGCUUAUCAUAUUUGGAGGUACAUGAGUAGACCUGUGAUGAGUGGCCCUGGUCUGUACGAUCCUACAACCAUCAUGAAUGCAGAUAUUUUAGCCUAUUGCCAGAAAGAAGGAUGGUGCAAAUUAGCAUUCUACCUUCUGUCAUUUUUCUACUAUCUAUAUGGCAUGAUAUAUGUUUUGGUGAGCUCUUAAGAAGACAUUCAGCAAACUUUGUUCCAGUUAAGUGCAUGCAAAAGCCACAAAACAUGGAUUCUUUCCAACAAGAACAUGUUACCAAGACUAAAUACGGAAUCUGAUGAUUGCAUUUGCAUUAGAAAAAAUGAUUCCCCUCUUUUUAAAAUAUUUCCACAUUUUAUACCUGUGGAAAGACUGUUUUCUUAUAUUUUACUGGGACAAUGAAAUUAAAGAGAAUUAAAUGUAAAUUAAUAUAAAGAUUACUGGGUUUUGAAAAGUUUUGACUUUGCACUCCAUAAGGAACAGCCAUAAUCUUCAAGUAGCUAUUCAUUACUAUCCUUAGUAUAGUAGGACUUUUUCUUUUUUUAACUGGGCUUUAUAGUGGUUCAUUUGGACUUGCAAAUCCCCACCUAACUAUAAAUCAGCUGUAGCUGUCAAGUGCUUGAGAAGGACUGAAAGCUUUGCUUAUUUUACGUGUAGCUGACUUCAGUCUUAGAAAUGAAUACAUGGACACAAUUGCAAAAAUAGUAGUUUUUUUAUUUUGCUUUUUUUAUUUCUAUAUGGUUAAACUUUUCCUGUAUAUGCAUGACUGAGAGAUUUCCUGUAUGUUCACCAAACAUUAGCCUUGUUUUAGUUUCAAGCAUAUGUCAUUGUGAUAGGAGAAGAUGAACUGUCCACAAAGGAAUGAAUUUAAGUGUUUUUUUUUAUUUUUAAUGUCUGUGUAGUCUUAUUAACAAAUUGAAAAACAUACAACAUUUAUCAAGUCCAAUGGUAAAAGUACUCUUGAGUUUAAGAGUAAUACUACAGAACUUUUCAAAGCAGAAAUUGAGAUUGUGAAACUGCCCUACUGUUCCUUAGUGCAAUAAAUAAAAAAAAUCAAAUUCA